AUGAAUAAUUCAAUUCAUAAUGAUAGUGAACUCGAUUUGAGUACUCGCUAUCUCAAUAUUUAUGGAAAUCUCUUUUUUGUUACUUUUGGCAAUAUUGGUAAUUUACUCAAAGUGGGAUUUUUUCUUCAAAAACCUCUUCGUUCUUGUGCGUGCAGUGUCUUUAUUCUUGUUGCAACAUUUAGCAAUUUUAUUACUCUCAAUAAUAUACCACUUCAUCGACUUCUUGUCAAUGUUUUUACAUCGUCCUAUUGGGUCAAUGCUGGUGUUGGAUGGUCAAAAAUUGAAAAAAUUCGAUCGAAUUUAUCAUCCGAUACUGCAACGGAUUUUGAGAUAAUCGUAUGUAAAUUACGCAUUUAUUUUCAUAUGCUAAGUGCUAGUUUGACAUUUCAAAUGCUCUUACUUGCUUCGAUCAAUCGGUUAGGUUCAAGUUGGCGCCGGAGAAAAUAUCAACAACAAACUUGUUAUUAUCACAUUGCUGAUUAUUUCUGUCAUAUGUCAAAUGCAUUCAAACUCAGUUUGAUCUCAUGCAUUGUUUGGGCCAUUAUUUCUCUUCAACAUGUAUUCAAUUACACAAUUGUUUCUCGUUCACAAGGUUGUGUUGCUCGAAAUCUUACUCUUUGGACAAUAUGGGUUACUAGUAUUCAUUGUCUUCUUUUACCGAUAUUGAUGACUUUGUUCGGUAUAUUAACACUGAAAAAUAUUCGAACAUUACCAACUAUUCGUUGUUUACAUAAUCGUCGUUAUGAUCAAAAUCGUCAAUUUGUUCAAAUGUGUCAUCAUUGUGUUGAUAAUCGACGAUCAAGUCAAUAUCAAGUUGAAAAACAAUUGACAUUAAUGAUUAUUGCUGAAAUAAUUGUGACUGUAUUAACAUCAGUUCCCUAUGCUGCUUACAGCUUCUACCGACUUCUUACUAUCAAUAAAUACACAUAUGAGACAAACAUUUCAAAUAAAGCCAACUGGAUUGAAUCAAUUAUACGUAUGACUGUUUAUUUGGAACCGAGUUGUGGAUGUUAUAUUUAUCUAAUAACAUUGACUACAUUGAGAAAACGUUUUAACAGUAUACUUUUGAAAAAAUUAACUUCUACAUUUUGUUGUUGGUGA